AUGAGUUCAAAGAAAAAAUGGCAGUUUCGAUCUUCCGAAGGUUUCAUUACGCUUGUAGUAGCAAUUGCCAUUUUUACUGAUGCAUUUAUAUAUGGAAUGAUAGUGCCCGUCAUUUCAGUUGUUCUGGUUGAUCGAGUAGGAGCUCGAGAAGAGGACGCACAGUUUUGGGUUUCAAUCUUACUCGCCGUAUAUGGAGCUACUCUUUUCGUCGGAUCCCCUCUGUUCGGGUAUGUUGCAGAUUACUCUCAGCGGAAGACACUCCCAUUCGUUGCUGGACUUGUCGCAUUAGCCGCAUCGACUGGUCUUUUUGUCAUUGCGCGGUCACUAUCUGUCCUGAUUAUCGCAAGAGCACUACAGGGUUUAUCAGCUGCAGCAGUAUGGGUUGUUGGACUAGCCAUUUUGGCUGAUAAUGUACCUCCAAACCGUGUUGCUGAGGUCAUGGGUCAAACAACGAUUGCUCUUACUUGGGGCCUCCUUCUAGGUCCUAUAGUCGGAGGUGUUGUCUAUGAGAAGCUGGGAUUCUACAGAACAUUUAUCAUUCCCGUUGGACUGACUCUCAUUGACGUCAUCUUGCGGCUUGCAAUGGUCGAAAAUCCAAAAAACCUCAAGCAAGAUGAAUCAUCUCAAUCACAGUUUUCAGAUCCAGAAUUGAGUGUCUACACCAGCUUCGCUGGUCUUGACGAGUCAGAGAGUUUCUAUUCGUGUGCUGAGUCGGUCAUUGAUGAAAGAACCUCACUUUUGGGAUCAUCAAGUGCUGUUAAGUACUCACAUGCGGAUAUAGAACACAAAAUCACUGUUUUGCACCUUCUACGAUCACCACGUUUACCAAUGGCACUUCUAGCAACAAUAAUUAUAGCUUUAGUUAUCUCCGCAGUGGAAACGACGCUUCCUUUAUUCGUCAUGGAUACCUUCCAUUGGGGCUCCGCAGGCGCUGGAUUAAUGUUCAUAGCAACAUCAAUCCCAAGCCUGGCCGGAGUCUUCAUCGGGAAAGCCAUGAAUCAACUCGGAGCACGCGUACUAGGUGCUACAGCCUUAACAGUCAGUGCGGCUUCCUGGGUAUUGAUGCGGUUCGUUAGCCAGAACAAGCCAGAUCACAUCAUUCUUCUUGUCGUCCUUUUAUUUUUCCAGGGGCUGUCAAUCGUGGCUAUUGAAGUCAUUGCAAUGACAGAAGUGUCGCGAGUGAUAGACGACUAUAGCUCCACGUUCCCUGGAGCGUUCGGUGAAAAAAGCCCUAUUGCGCAAGCUUAUGCGCUUUUUAAUAUGUCUUUUGCAGCUGGUCAGCUUAUUGGGCCUAUCUUGGCUGGAGUUGUACGUGUACAGGCUGGUUGGGGCACUAUGACGCUUGUUAUUGGACUUAUUUGUGCUUUGACGGCCGUUCCUCUUGGUCUGUUCUCGGGAGAGCCGAAGGAAGUGGUCGCUCAGCUGAAUGAAACUUGA